AUAAAUAUAGUCCACAAAUGCAUCCCUGAAUUCCCGUCAUUCAUUCACCAACAAUAUUCCAAAUAGUCUAAACCAAACCCCCCUCUCCAAGCAAGAACAAUCCAGAGAAAACUCGCCCCUCUCUUCUCUAAAUCUCUAUAAAGAUACCAAUAGUAUCAGUCUCUCUAUAAACAAUUCUUCAAGAUGGGUAUGGUGUUGGGAAAGAUCAGUGUUGAAACCCCCAAGUACAAAGUGAUUCAAGCCUUAGCUGAUUAUGAAAUCCGCAUGUAUGCACCUUCAGUCAUAGCUGAAGUCACAUAUGACCCAACACAAUUCAAGGGUAACAAAGAUGGUGGCUUUACCGUAUUGGCCAAUUACAUUGGUGCCUUAGGCAAUCCUCAGAAUACUAAGCCUGAAAAGAUUGCAAUGACUGCACCAGUGAUAACAAAGGCCCCAGAAAGCUCAGCUGAAAAGAUUGCCAUGACAGCUCCAGUUGUGACCAAGGCUGGUGGGGAUGAGGAGAGUAAGAGGGUGACUAUGCAAUUUUUGUUGCCAGAGAAGUAUCAGAAGGCAGAGGAGGCGCCAAAGCCGGUGGAUGAGAGAGUGGUUAUAAGAGAGGAAGGGGAGAGGAAGUAUGGGGUCGUGAAGUUUGGGGGAGUGGCAACUGAGGAAGUGGUGAAGGAAAAGGUGGAGAAGCUUAAGCAGAGCUUGGAGAGAGAUGGGUACAAGAUAAUUGGGGAGUUCUUGUUGGCGAGGUAUAACCCACCUUGGACUUUGCCUCCAUUCAGGACCAAUGAAGUUAUGAUCCCAAUUGAGUGAGGUUUGAAGCCUAAUGUUUAUGUAGUAGGAGCUGUUAGUUUUUUUUUCUGUUUCUUUUGUAGUUUUUUUUUCUGUUUCUUUUGUCUACUGGUUCAGUGUUUAUGUUUGAGAUUGUAACUCAGGUGGUGGUGAUGUGUAAAUUAUUGGGAUUUGAAUAAAAUGCAUUGUCAACUGUUGUAUUUUAAUAGCCAA